CAGAAGUAGCAAAAGGAUAAAGAAGAACAGAAGGGAGACAGAGAGAGGAUUCCAGUGAAAAUAUGGUGUCAGCUCUUAUUUUUUGUUUACUCUUCAUGUUAUCUACUCUAUCUGCCCAAGCCGUAGCUUCGCUUGAACCAUCUCCUUCCACAAGUGUUUGCAUUAUCGGGAGCGGAAUCGCCGGCUCAUCCGUCGCUCAUUUCCUCCGCCGAUAUUCAGCCGAUCCCUUGCUCCCCACAGUCAAUGGCAUUCGAAUCUUUGAACGCCACCAAAUCGUCGGAGGAAGGAUGGCUACAGUCUCUAUUGGUGGAGACACCUUCGAAGCUGGAGCAUCCAUUCUUCAUCCCAAGAACUACCACGCUUUGAAUUUUACCAAAUCUCUUAAUCUGCUCAUCAAGGAGCCUUCUUCUGAUUCAUCGGAGUCCUCUUUUGGCAUUUGGGAUGGUACCGGGUUCGUUUUUAAGACCAUUAUUUCCAGUCCCAAGUCCCCUGUGUACACUAAUAUUGUAUCGACCGUCAAUUCACUCCUCAUCUUCUUCAGAUAUGGAUUUUCACUUUACAGAAUGCAGAGAUUUGUUGAUAAUACUGUGGGUUCUUUCUUAAAAUACUACACGGAUUUGGCUUCUCGACCUGUUUUUGAGACUGUAGACGAGAUGCUUAAUUGGUCUGGUUUGUACGGGCUCACUCGUAGGACGUUGCAAGAGGAGUUAGUUGAUGCCGGCCUCUCUCCACGACUUAUGUCUGAGCUUAUCACUGUGAUUACAAGAAUUAAUUACGGUCAAAGUUUAGCCAUCAGUGGACUUGCUGGAGCAGUUUCCAUGGCUGGCUCUGAUGCAGGGUUAUGGUCAGUUGAAGGAGGGAACUGGCAAAUUGCUGCUGGGCUCAUUAACAAUUCAGAUGUUACACUGCACCUCAAUGAAGAGAUAGAAUCUAUUACCCAUCUUGGGGACUAUUAUGAGCUUAACUCCACUAAAGGAAAUAGUUAUGCUUGUGAAGUCACAGUAAUUGCUACGCCAUUGGAUGAGUUGAAUAUUCAGUUUAAUCCUCCAAUUUCAAUUCCUGAGAGGAAGUUACAGCACACGCAUGCCACCUUUGUGAGGGGCCUCUUAAACCCUGCGUACUUUGGCCUACGUUAUGUGUCGGAAAUUCCAAAACUUGUAGGCACAAUUGAGGCUCCUGAUCUCCCUUUCUCCAGCAUUUCUAUCCUCAAAAAAUACAGCGAGGAGGACAUGACACACAAGAUAUUCUCACGUAAGCCAUUGACAGAUGCAUUACUUGACCAAAUAUUCAGUGUUAGGAAGGAAACAAUCCGGAUUGAUUGGGGUGCAUAUCCUCAUUUCACGGCUCCAGAGGUGUUUGCACCUUUUGUUUUGGAUGAUCUGCAUUUGUACUAUUCUAAUGCCUUUGAAAAUGCAGCAAGCACCAUAGAGACUGGUGCUGUUGCUGCGGAAAAUGUUGCCCGGCUCAUUCUGUCCAGGCUUUCUUAUCAGACAACUUCAAGAUCACCAAAUCCUAAGAGCUCUGCUCCUGAUGAAGUGGAUUUGCAUUCUGAGCUCUGAAUUGAUUGUAAAAUGUGUGAGUACCGGGUUUUUCCAGGUUCUGGGAUAUAUACAGUGCUUUCUGGACUGGUAGCUCUGAUGUGGAAAUUUGUAUUUGUAGUGUAAACCUAAGAAAUAGAUUGCCAAUCCCUGAAAUUUUAGAGGAUAGGGACCACUGUAUUGUAUUUGCUACACCUAAUACAUAUAUUACCAAUUCCUAAGAUCAGCA